AUGACCCUGAACGUGUCAAAGUGCUCCAGUAUGACUUUCAGUAAGAUUCGCGCUCCAUACAUGGUAGAAUAUUCCAUCACAAACCAGCCUCUAAAGAGAGUCUCAAUGGUGAAAGACUUGGGAGUGAUUUUCUCAUCGGACUUCUCCUUCGAUGAGCAUGUGGAUUACUUAUGUAAAAGAGCCAAUCAGUUGCUGGGCUUCCUAUUUCGGGCUACCCGUGGGCUAACAAAUGCCAUUGCUUUAAAGACUCUGUAUUGCUCCCUGAUCCGACAGCUGUUGGAGUACGCCAGCCCAGUUUGGUCACCCUUCCACCUUGGGUCCAUCAACAAACUCGAAGGGAUCCAGAAGAAAUACAUCAGAUUUCUCGGUGCCCGUCAAGGCAUGCAGUACCGUGAAGUCCCAGUGGCCGUCUUCCUAAACAAUUUAAACCUACUAGAUCUUCACUUGAGACGCUGUGUGGCAGACGUUGUUUUCCUCCACAAACUCCUCAAUGGCCAAAUUGACUGCCCUGCUUUACUUGCCGAAGUGGACCUUCGUGUGCCUUCUGGAACCCGUUCGCAGGAUCUGUUUGGCAAGAGGCACUUCAGUAGCCAAUACGAGUAUCACGCUCCUCUUGCAAGAUUUCUUCGUCUUGGAAACACUUUGGGGGCCAGUAUCGACUUCUUCGGAGACACCACGAGGACUUUUCGAAGGAAGGCUACGGUCCGGUUGACUUCCCUGCGCCAGCAACAAAAUUUAUUGUAG